CGCCUGCACCCGGCCCGUGGUUUCGGUCAGACACGCCCGCGAGCUGGUUUCGAUUGGGGACGGCCGCCCGGCGGGGGGCGCGGAGCAGCCGGGACGCGAACAGGCAGCUGGGCGAGCCGCGCAGUGGGGACGGUCCUGCGCCGGCGACGGGGAGCGGCGCGCAGGACCCCAGCCGCGGCGGCGCGCGCGCUGACUUAGCGGUGCCGGACGGAGCCCGAGGCGCGCGAGGGCCUGAGACCGCCCGGCAGGUGCGCGGGAUGCGGACGCCGGUGGUGAUGACGCUGGGCUUGGUGCUCACGCCCUGCGGGCUGCUGCUCAACCUGACGGGCACGCUGACGCCCGGCUGGAGGAUGGUGCAGGGCUUCCUCAACCAGCCGGUGGACGUGGUGCUGUACCAGGGCCUGUGGGACAUGUGCCGCGAGCAGAGCAGCCGCGAGCGCGAGUGCGGCCAGCCGGACGAGCUGGGCUACUUCACGGCCGAGCCGGUGCACGUGGCGCGAGCGCUCAUGGUCACGUCGCUGGCCACCACGGCCCUGGGGCUGCUGCUGGCGUCGCUAGGCGUGCGCUGCUGGCAGGACGAGCCCCACUUCGCGCUGGCCGGCCUCUCGGGCUUGGUGCUCUUCACCUCGGGCCUCCUCAGCCUCAUCCCGGUCUCCUGGUACAACCACUUCUUGGACGACCGCGCUGUCCUGCCCGCGCCGGCCAGCCCCGUCACGGUGCAGGUCGGCUACAGCCUGGUGCUGGGCUACCUGGGCAGCUGCCUGCUGCUGCUGGGCGGCUUCUCGCUGGCGCUCAGCUUCGCGCCCUGGUGCGAGGAGCGCUGUCGCCGCCGCCGCAAGACGUCCCCGCGCUGCCCGCGCCGCAGCAGCGUCAGCACCUUGCAGGUCGACUGGCCCGAGCCCGCGCUGCCGCCCGCCAUCAAGUACUACAGCGACGGCCAGCACCAGCCGCGGCCCGCCGAGCUCGUGGCCGCCCGCAAGCCCAGGGCCGGCUUCCCCAUGCCGCGGCCGCCGUCCAACGCCUACGCCAACCCGGCGGACGUGCUCCACGGGGAGAGGGCGACCAACUCCAGCGGCGCCUCCUUGAGCAGCACCGGCACCUGCCGCGGUUCGCUGCCCUGCGACUCCGACCUGUAGACGGCGCCCCCGGCGCGCUCGGGCCGGGCUACAUCUGGACAAGAACUGGCCCCACCGCGGCCCAAUCUUGAACUUGUCUGUUGCCUUGUCGCUGGAAGCGUCUCGUUGGGAGUCGGAACAAAGGACACGUUCGUGUAACUGGUUUGGAGGGCGACCUUUCCUUUCCUGUGGCCUAACCAGAUUCCUCGGACAGUUAGCUCAGGUUGGGUUCGGUCUCUUCCUAUAGUUUACCUCCCCAGAGGGAUUGGGGUCCUCUUGCGGAGUGCCAGGCUGGUCCUACAUAAGUUUUAGCAGAAGAAGACGGAGAACAGGGUGACUUCGCAUCGUUUUCGCCCGGACAGUAACAAACAAGAACUCAGUCAGCAAAUAGAGGUUCAGAAACGAUUUAACACCUUGGAACAACCAUAUUCAGAAGUGCCGGUGACCUUUACACAAAUCUAAUCACAUUUUUCUUUUUCCUGCUGUGUAAUUUUCAAGCAAAUGCUCAGGAGAUCAAUAUAUUUCUGGCUGUGUUUGAAUGAGGCUCAUAAAAUAAAGGUAGAGCCAUGCCAAUACCA